CGUCUUCAAGCCCCCAAGUCUUUUCAGCCCCGAUAUAACCACGAUGACCUCGCGACUUGCCUCAUCCGCUGCCGCCGCUCUGCGUCGCCGCCAGGAUCCAAAGCUCGCGGAAAAGUUCAAUCUGGCCGCUCUGAACGGCGGCAAAAGCCCCUUUGUCGUGUCGAGCAACCGGCUACUGAAGGUGAACAAGAAGCCGCAGCAGCGCAUCACGGAUAAGUUCUCGCUCGAGUAUUUACUGGGACCCAGCAAGCCUCAAACGGGCAAGAAGAAGAACCCUUUCCACGUCGCCAGCUCCAAGCUCAUGUGAGCUACAGGCCCAAGGAAGGACGCAGCAGCCGCCACUUACUACUAUCCUGUUCCGCAUGUAUAAUCUACAAAAAUACUACUACGUUUGGCCGCCAGACAUGAUGAGGUUAUAGUUAUCCUUCCCCUACGCUUUGAUAGGGAAGGCAGAUAACUUGUCGCCAGUAAGUAAAAGCAGCAGCCUCUUGGUAAGAACGAUAUGUCUAAUAUCACGGGGUGACCAACCUGAUAGCAGC